UUCAUUAUUGACAGCUGAAAAAUAAAGAAAGAGAUUUUUUGUUGACGCUCUGUUUCUGAUCUCAUCAUCAAAUUUAUUCAAACAACUGUAAAAUGACUACAAACAAUUAGAUAAACACUAACAGAAUUCAACAACAAUAACAACAACAAUGACCGCACGAAUGGUCCGUGCCAGUAAAUCCAGAUUCUUCAUCGGUCUGGCUGUUUUACUGCUAACCAUUGGAUUCGUAGCAAUAUUUCACAGUUCACAGCAGCAGUUAGACGAAAUGCGACAAAUGGAAAUCAGAUGCGAACAACAACAGGAGUCGUUGAAUUCGCAAAUUUUAAUCAUUGAGAAAUCGCUCAAAUCGGAACGGUACGACCAUCAACAAACCCGAUCGGAGUUGAUCCGUAAAUCGAAAGAUGCGAAAGAAUAUCAGGAGAAGACGAUGGUUGAGUCGAACAUGAAAUUCGGAUCGCUUCAACAGCACUAUAAAUUGCUGAAGAACCAACACGAUGAUUUGGUGGAGGAGUGUGUCAAUAACAAAACGAAAUACACGAAAGAGUACAACGGCUUGAAGGACAAACUCAAACGUGUUACAAUUGAAUUUAACGAAGAGCUGCGGAAGAAGGACGACGAAAUCCAAAGCUUGAAGAUUCAACUGAAGCAACUGCAAAGUGACAAAGACAUUCUGACAACGGCACUGCAAGAGAACCCAGCCAUGGACGAACCGGAAGUUAAGAAAUUAAAAUACAAAAAUUAUCGGCUGGAAAAGCUGGUCGACUCAUAUAACGAGCAUUGUACGUGGCGACCGGACGAUGCGAUCGACUCGUUUGAUUUACAGAAACAGCAGGAUCUGAUCGCCCAGCAACAUGGUAAAGUGGUUGACAAGAAUUUCAAUGCCCAAAUUCCCGUGAGUGAAAAUCUGUACCGAAUACCGAUAACAAUCGUUAACCAUACCGCUUCAUCUAAUCGCAUGCACAAUUCGGGUGUCGGCAGCAAGCGUCGUGAAAGUGGUGGCAUUAUUAAUUCUGUAGAAAAUUUUCAGAUUUUUCCGAAGCCAAUAAUUGAAGCGAAUAAAGAUACUGUCGAUGAACCGCCAAGAAAUGGCGACGAACGCAAAAGUUCCACAUCACCAAAUGCCCUCAAAUCGUCGGCGUCCAACAAUGGUGAACUGAAAAUGCCAAACGCACCCGUACCGACUGCCACACCAAGCAACAAACUGAAGACAUCCAGCACCACGGAGACGAGUAAAUUUCAAUCGAAAACGAAAAGUAAACCGAUUCCCGAGGGCGUGGUACCAGUACCGGAAAUGGUCGAUUUUAUGCUGAACAAAAAUGACGAUUUGAGUGAGAAGGGAAGUCAGAAUGAUCGAUACUCGAACGUUGUGUUGGAUGAAAUCGGUGGCGCGAAGAAAAGCAGUGACAAAGUGGUGAAUGAAGUGGUUGUCAAUGAUGCUGAUACGGGUGCGCACGAAGUGUUGGACAACAAUGAUUUUUUGGUCGAUGAUCGGAACCACAAAGAUCAUUUGCAAGAAGUGCUAGAAGACAAGUUAUUGAAUAUGAACAAUGCGGCUGAGGACGAUACGAAUAACGCGUACGACAAAGGCCUGAAUCUGGGCAAAGUGAUAGGAGACUCGGAUGUGCAUAAAGACGGGAAAGCUGUGCAAAAUAACAAAUUGUUGAACGAGUUGGACGCUGACCAGGGCAAAGUUCCAGAGUAUCGCGAAGACGACCUGCAUCUGGAGCAAGCAGAAGAGGAGGGUGAUGACGACGAAUACCGAAAUCCACAAGAAAUGAAACAAGAUCCUGCGGUUCGAAAUUAGGCAGUGAAAAAAAAGUGAAUUCCAAUACGAAAACGGAGAAGACAUGCAAAAGGUUUGUGACGAUUAUAUUUUGGGAUACUAUGUUUGUGUAUAGGGGCGACCAUUUUGACUGAUAGACAAGAGACAUGUCUUGUUUAAGAAGUUAACCCUUUUGUGUAUAGCUCCGCCGUGUUUAUUGUACAUUUAAGUUUAUAAAGUUAUCGUCUAGUAUUACGUACAAUAUGGACAUUUGAAAUGCCGUCAAAAACGUUUUUUGUUCAUUGAUCCUUGCAAAAAUAUUUCUUUUACAAAAAAGAAA